UUCUACUUUCAUUGAUUUAUAAAGAGGAGUUUUGAAAAAAGGUUUGAACUCGCGCUAAAGUGUCUUAAUAUUCUUGUAGGCUUUUUUUUCGGUUACUGUAUGCUAUAAUUUAUUCACUGUUUGAACAAUCGAGGAAAGGAAAUGAAGGUUAUACUUAGCUAGUAAAUUACUAUGUUUAAUUAAAUUGUGGUCGUGUUUAAUACAAAUUCAGUCGGGAAAAAAAAACACUUGACACUCAUUUCUGGCGCUAAAAUAACGGGUUUCCCAAAAAUUAAACUGACUUUAUUCGUGACAUCCGUAAUAGGUUGAUUUAAAGUAAGAAGCGAAAUGAAAAGCAACCUAUAGAUUAAAUCUAAUACGGCUGUCUCAAAUAAAGUGAAGAUUAAAUGAAAAGUGGCUGUAUUACGGCUGUUUCGAAUAAACUGAAAGUGAAAUAAAAACCGUCCGUUAACUAAACCUGUUACGUCUGUGUUGCGCUUUAUAACCAAUCACAAGUGAUUCCGAUGAGCUUAUGAUUGCAGUAGCCAAUCAGAGACGUUUUGAUGAGUCAUUGUUUACUGAAUUCUGCGUUUUUGUAAAGUAUCUUAUGAAAUACAAGUGUAAUUUAAGAUUCAAGUCGGCUUCAUUUAUGUAGUACUUUUUUCGAAGUCUUACAACCAUUUGAUUGGAAAAGUUUACAUUUGCCGUGGUACAUGUGCUAGGAUUUCGUUUUUUUGUUUGUUUUUUUCCUUAGUUGGAAGAACAUCAGGAAAGAACAGGGAAACCACUCGUUCUGCAACCAUAUACUCUAUAAUCACUUGAUUUAGUGACAAGACUCAUCAAGUCAACAUCAUGGCAUGCAUUUAUGGAAACAUUUCAAAUAUAGAUACCACCGGUGCAUCACAGGCAACAGCUAAUCAAGACAGAUUAAACAUAAAAGGUGUUGAAGCCUCCAAAAAACUGGCCGAGACUGAUCUAGCCCGGAUGGAGAACUACAAAUGUAUGAUCAUCAAAGUUGGCAGAGCAAAGCAGAUGGACCCGGCUGUGAUUGCUGCCAUCAUUUCCAGAGAGUCCAGAGCCGGAGCCGCUCUGCAGGGUGAAUGGGGCGACCAUGGCAAUGCCUUUGGCCUCAUGCAGGUGGACAGACGCUACCACACUCCAGCUGGUGCAUGGAACAGUGAGCAGCACAUCGGCCAAGCUACCGAUAUACUCAUUAGCUUUACUAAUGAAAUUAGAGCAAAAUUUCCCACGUGGUCCCAAGAGCAGUGCUUUAAAGGGGGAAUAUCAGCCUACAACGCAGGUGUGAGUACAGUCAGUUCAUACGAGAAUAUCGAUGCCAAGACCACAGGAGAAGACUACUCCAAUGAUGUUGUUGCCAGAGCCCAGUGGUUCAGAAGCAAGGGUUACUGAAGAACGACAGUUAUGAACCCGUGAAACACAUAGAUUAAAGGUUUAUUGUUGAGAUCUGCUUAGUUAAAUAUAAAUAUUAGACAACAGAGGGGGAUGUUGAGCCUAAUCUUGCACUGAAGCAUAGCACUGAAAAAUAAGGUUUCUCAGAGAACACUGCAUUUAGGGAACAUUUGGAAAGGGGGAUCGUAUUUAAGAUGAGUUUACACUAAAGAUUCACAGAAAAGAUUGCCUGAAACAUUGUAACUUCUUUGCCAACGAAUCUGUUUGGAGAGUUCACUUUGCUGUGCUGCAUGCUCUGCAGGCAACUAAGGGAAGUGUUCGGAUGCUUUGUUGCCAAUAAAAAAAGUGAACAAAUCCAAA